AUGAUAUUCAGGCGGCAUUUUUCAUUUCUUGCGUUGGCGGUGAGAGCCUCUUCAAACGUCCUUCGGCCACGACAACUUGCCCUGGAGAAUUGCCCAGGAUAUGCAGCAUCUAAUGUUGUCGACAAAGGCAGUCUUAUUACUGCUGAUUUGACCCUUGCGGGGCCGGCUUGCAACACCUAUAGCGACGACUUGACCCACUUGAAGCUUGAAGUUGAGCUACAGACAGAAACCCGACUCCACGUGAAGAUAUACGAUGUGGCAAGCAAUGUGUAUCAAGUUCCCGAGACCGUCUUUCCACGUCCUUCUAGCGCCGCGUGCAACGCUGCGGAUUCCGAUUUGCAGUUCUCGUUUACGGAGAAGCCUUUCUCGUUUUCCGUCGUUCGAAACUCCACCAAUGAGACGCUAUUUGACACCUCGGGUACCCCAAUUGUCUUCGAGUCUCAGUAUCUACGUCUUCGCACAAAGCUACCUAGUUCGCCUCACUUAUAUGGCCUCGGGGAGCACACCGAUUAUUUCCAACUUAGCACCACGAACUACACCCGGACCUUGUGGAGCCGUGAUGCUUACGGAACGCCCAAUGGAACCAAUCUGUACGGAAAUCACCCCGUGUAUUUCGACCACCGGGGUGGCUCUGGUACUCAUGGCGUCUUUUUGCUUAAUUCGAACGGCAUGGAUAUCAAAAUUAACGACACCGAAGGCCAAUACCUAGAAUACAACACCCUUGGUGGAGUGAUUGACCUUUACUUCCUAGCUGGUCCAUCGCCAAAGGACGUCAGCAAGCAGUACUCCGAGGUCGUUGGCCGUCCAGUGAUGAUGCCAUACUGGGGUUUCGGUUUUCAUCAAUGCAAGUACGGCUACCGAGAUGUUUACGAGGUGGCAGAAGUUGUUGCCAAUUACUCGCUAGCCGAAAUACCACUUGAGACGAUGUGGACGGAUAUUGAUUACAUGCAACUUCGUAAAGUCUUCACCGUAGACCCGGAACGGUUUCCUCUCGAGAAGGUUCGGGAACUUGUAACAUAUCUUCAUGAUCACCAGCAACACUAUAUCGUCAUGGUUGACCCUGCUGUAGCGUACCAAGAUUACCCCGGCUUCAACAAUGGAGCGGACCUAGACAUCUUCCUUAAAACAGACAAUGGAUCAAUCUACAAGGGAGUGGUAUGGCCUGGGGUUGCAGCAUUCCCGGAUUGGUUCCACCCUAAUACCCAAAAUUACUGGAAUAAUGAGUUCUUAUCAUUCUUCAGCACAGAGACCGGUGUCGAUAUUGAUGCGCUGUGGAUCGAUAUGAACGAAGCAUCAAACUUCUGCCCGUAUCCUUGUUCGGAUCCAGAAGGAUACGCCGUUGAAGCUGGAGACCCUCCCAAGCCUCCACCAGCCCGAAACAGCUCUGGUAGAGUGAUUCCUGGAUUCCCAGCCGACUUCCAACCUUCGGGAUCUAUCUCUAGACGAUCGACCGACCGCCGAUCGGACGGGGACAUGCUGGGACUGCCAGGUAGGAAUCUCACAGAUCCACCCUACACGAUCAAGAAUGCAGCAGGUUCUAUAAGCAAUCUCACACUUUUCACUAAUCUGGUCAACUACGGCGGAACUGUCCAGUACGACACUCAUAACUUAUACGGGACAUUGAUGUCCUCGGCCAGCAGAGAAGCUAUGUUAGCUCGCCGCCCGGAGCGUCGGCCGAUGAUUAUCACGCGAAGCACGUUUGCUGGUGCUGGCACUAAGGUCGGUCACUGGUUAGGAGACAACCUAAGUGAUUGGGACCACUAUCGCUACUUAAUAGCCGAGAUCCUCGAAUUUGCUGCGCUUUUCCAGAUACCAAUGGUGGGUGCCGAUACUUGCGGAUUCGGUGGGAACACUACCACCACUCUCUGCUCACGAUGGGCUAUGCUUGCUGCAUUCAGCCCCUUCUACCGGAACCACGACGGCGACACCUCCAUCCCGCAGGAGUACUACCGCUGGCCUGAAGUCGCGGAAGCAGCCAAGAUCGCCAUCGAUGUCCGCUACCGCCUCCUCGACUACAUUUACACAGCCUUCUACCGCCAGUCUACCUCUGGCGACCCACUCUUAAACCCGCUAUUCUUCAUGUACCCAGAAGACGCCAACACCUUCCCUAUUCAGUACCAGUACUUCUACGGAGAUUCCAUCCUCAUCUCACCCGUAACCGAGGAGAACGCCACCAACGUGGAUAUUUAUCUCCCGAACGACCUCUUCUACGACUUCUGGACCGGCGAGAAAGUCCAGGGCAAUGGGUCAUGGGUGACGCUCGACGACGUGCCCUUCACCUCCAUCCCGCUGCACGUGAAAGGCGGCUCGAUAAUCCCACUUCGAGCUAGCAGCGCGAAUACGACGACGGAGCUUAGAAAGAAGGAUUUCGUGCUGUGGAUUGCGCCGAAUGCCACUAGCCAGGCGGUGGGAGAACUGUAUCUAGAUGAGGGCGAUGCGAUCGAGCAGCCGAAUACGUCGCAUAUCAGCUUCAGUUACGACAACGGGCUGUUCAAAAUGACGGGAAGCUACGGGUAUAACACUACUUCCGUGAUCAGUGGGGUGUUGGUGUUGGGUGCGAGCAAGCCCGCGGGUGAGAAUGCGACAGUGCAGUUUGACGCGAGUAAGGGGAGCUUGAGUUUGAAGGCAACCGUGCCGCUUUUAGAGGACUUUACAGCAGAUUUGAGCUCGUAG